CCGCUUCACUUCCGUCACUCGUUAGUUUCGGUGUUAAACCUCCGCGAGCGCGAGUCAAUCACGCGUCCGUCACUCGUCUCCCGCUCGCGCUCAAACGGAGCGCGUGACGUCACCGCAGCGAGGGGCUCCGGUUCUCAGGUGUAUCCCGUUCCUGUCUCUCUCUCCGGUGGUCGGUCGGUCGGUCUUGGGCUCGCACCGGGAAUAACGCGGCGGACCGCGCGUCUCCAGCGACAUGGGAAAGACUCGCGCGCUGCUCCUGCUGUGCUCCGCUGUCGCUCUAUGCCACUGCAGGUCAGUGACUGUGUCCAGGGGUCCUCUGCUCCGGGUCGAGGGCCAGCCGCUGUCCAUCCGCUGUGAUGUAUCGGAGUACGAGGGCCCACGGGAGCAGGAAUUUGAAUGGAAAGUAAAACGAGGAUCAGAAUUCAUCAAUGUGAUCUCAACAUUUGAUAAUCGUUACACAGACCGCUCUCUUCAGGACCGUAUACAGAGUGGAGACAUCACUGUGUCACGACUAGCUAAUAACGCCGCUGAGCUGAAGAUUCAAGAGGCUCGAGUUAGUGACAGCGCCACCUACCGCUGCAUUACUCCGAGCACAGACUCGGUCUUCAGUGGAAACUAUGAGGCAGACGUCCAGCUGCAAGUUAUUCCCAACAGUCUGAUUGUGGCUCCCGAUGCCCCAAGCCCUGUGGUUCAUGAGGGCGGAUCCGUCAGACUCCUGUGCAAUAUCUCCCGUAACUUCAUGGAGGGAAUUUACCUGUCUCUUACCUGGUCAGUGAAGAAGGGCUCAUCUCAGCUGGAGGACCUGCUGAGCUUUGGUCCAGAUUUGGGUGUGACGGUUGGCAACAAUUACAUGCUGCGCUACACAGAUGGCGGGAUGCGGCUAGAAAUGGGGAACGGCGUCUCGCACAGUCUUGUGCUCUCCGCAGCGACGCCGGCGGAUCACGGCAUGUACAUGUGCACGGCCAGACUGUGGACGAGAGAGCAGGGAGCCUGGAACCGUAUUCAGGAGAAGACCAUGGAGAUGGGAGAAGUGACUGUCACACCGACGGCGAGCUCCUUCAGCGUCCAGGUUCAGGACGACAGCACAUUGUCCACAGGAGAGUCGCUGCUCCUCACCUGUUCUGUGUCCGCUGAAGCCUCGGUGGAUCUGGAGGUGACGUGGCUGAUGAACGGCACGCGGGUUGUGGCCCGUCUGAGUCGUGACGGCGUGCUGACCAAUGCAUCUAAUGCAGUGGACGUGAGGCGGCUGGGAAAGUGGGAUUUCCAGCUCAAGGUUCACGGUGUGGAUCUGUCUGACGCGGGACUCUAUGCGUGUAAAGCGAGUGCAUGGGUUCAGCGCGACGGUGGACGAUGGGACCGGGCCGUGGAGAAGGUUUCGGACCCCGUACGUGUUCACGUUAUUAAGCAAAAUCCAGAGUACACUGUUGUUCUGAACUCAUCUGUGAACGCAAAGAUGUCUGGCGACCCGACGGAGCUGGAAUGCAAAGUCACAAAUGUGUCGAACCUUCGUAGCGGGCGGCUGGGAGUGUCAUGGCUGUACAGAGGCGUUCAGCCCGGUGACGUCCCGGUAUCCACUCACACCAUCACCUCUCUGGAUGAGAACGGGAACCUGGUGGCAGGCAAGACGUACAAGAGCCGCGUGGAGGCGGGGCUUAUUACAGUGACCCGAGCAGAACCUUCCGUGUUCAAGCUCCGCCUCCUUCACACGACGGACGCCGACGCCGGUGAAUACACUUGUGCUGUAACCGCAUGGGUGCCGUCUCGACAUGGGAACUGGAAAAAGGCUGCCGAGCAUGUGUCCUCAGCGCUGAAAGUCAGCUUUGCUAACAAGCGUCCUGUACUCAGUGUCGUGGCCCGGCGUCUCCGGGAAGCUUCGGCUGCCGGCUCCAGGUUUGAGAUGAGCUGCCAGACUCACGUCCAGAACAUCCCACCGGGAGCCGCCUUCUCCAUCCUCGUCUUGUCCGAGGAGGCCAUCGGGUCGUCCAGCCGCAAACUGGCGUCUCUGAGCCUCGAGAUGGUCCUGCAGCUGGAGGAAGACCGGGACCUGAUGCUGGUGAAGAGCGGGAAGAGGGAGUUCCAGUUCCGGAUGCCGGCGGUGCGAGAGACCGAUCGAGGCUUUUACUGGUGUGAGAUGAAGGCCUGGACGAAGCAGAGCGGGGAAGACUGGGUGGAGAUGGCCAAAGGAGUAUCCAAUAAGGUUCAGAUCGAUUUCAUACACAAAGGUCCCACGUUUGAUGUGUCCAUCAGUUCAGACACAACGAGUGUGUUCCCCUGGGAAACUGUGAAGAUGGAGUGUGAUGUCAGUGUUAGCGGCACGUCUCCGACUACAGAUGAUGUAGCGUACGAGAUGAAGUGGUUUCUGAGUCGUCUGAAGGGUUCAAACAGCCCGUCCCUGCUAGCCAGUAUGGACCGCUGGGGUGUUGUGCACAAGGCUCCUCGCAACGACAGCAGCGACUGCAGCCUGGAGCGCCUGGGACCCAGAAGAUUCGUCCUGAACGUCCACAGCACACAGGACAGUGACGCUGGUGACUAUUACUGCACCGCAACACCCUGGAUCCGCUCGACCGCCACCAGAGUCUGGAGCAAAACGCCGGAGAUCCUCUCACAGAAAGUCUUUCUUAGUGUCAAGUUUGCAUUGUGGGACUCGAUGAAGAUGCCUUUGCUGUACGGCGUCUGUGCUUCGGUGACUGUAGGCAUCGUUUCUCUCGUCCUGGGCCUGGUCUGUGCUCACUGCUGCUGUAAAACCACUACACCUACCCCACGCUCUCGCGACAAACUCAUGGAGCUGGAGAUGGAUUGACAAAGACAGUACAGUUGUCCCCUGCCGAACUGGACGGCGUGGUGACAACUGAUGAACGCUGGGACGUGUCCCGUGAUGUUAUGCACCACCUGGAAGGAGAAACUACAAUCUCAGAGGAAAAAAACUGCUGGAUCAGAGUCAACGACUAGGGCGAAAUACUCAAAAAUUGCACUAACCACAUUCUUAUAUCAGAUGGGUACACGAUUUGUUGGAUUAAUGAACGUUUCGUCAUUGAAACAGGAAGAGAUACCUGACAAGUUCCGAGCAGGAUUUGACAGAUUGAAGGAUUAUAUUACUCUACAUCAAGCUCCAAAGAGAUCGUCUGCUUCCAGAUCAGGGUUUAAAGACACUCGUUUCUACCAUGAUUCUUCUGAGUUUGGUGCUACUCUCUUUUUGCAAGACACGGGAGGAGCUGAACCCAUGUCACAAUGUGAAAGAUGGUGUUUUAUCUGUGAUUCUGUGUUGUAAUGUAUGUACCGUUCAGUUUUGUUCUCUAACCCAUCCAGAGUUUACCAGCUCUGACCAACCCAACUCUCUAAAAGCGAACUAGUCAACCAUUACCAGCUGGUUGACUGCAAUGCGAUGGGCGGUCACACUAGAUAUGAUGAGUAUAUGAUGUUUGAAAAAAAUGUUUUUUGAAUAAGUAGUAUUUUUUUAAUAAAUAAUAAAUUUUCUAAUAUUAAAAUAUAUAAUCGCCUCCUGUUUCCAGUGACGAUACAACCCAUGUAUUGGGUUAACACCUCUGUGUAGCUAGCUAGUAACACCCUAGUAAUUCCCCCAAAACAACCUUCCAGAACUCCAGAAUUGAUCCGCAAUUCUGCAGCAAUAACUUUAAAAAUGUUACAACUAUCUAGCAAGAUUGGGGCAGUCGUGCCCUAACGGUUAGCGAGUCAGACUUGUAACCCUUGUAACACAUGUCACUUCACUUCAUUUUUUAGGAAACACUUUGACCAUAAUAGCCACCAACCAAAGUACCAUGCAAAUUGAAUAGUAAAGCAAACAAGUGCAUCGCAGCAACAGCUUAGAUUUAGCUUCAAGAUUUAUAAAAACAACCUGGAUAGAAACACCAUUGCAACGACCUACCAACAAUCUACUGUAGCAAAGACCAGAACAUCCUAAAACCACCUUGAGCAUCGUAACAACCACCUAAAACACCAAAGCAAUUGCAUAAAUAGACCCUAGCAACCUCCUACAACAAUCUAAUGUAGCAAAGACCAAGAGCAUCCUAGCAACUACAUAGAAAUGUCCUAGCAACUAGCUAAAACUUAAACAUACGCCAAGAGCAUCCUAGCAACUACAUAGAAAUGCCCUAGCAACUAGCUAAAACUUAAACAUACGCCAAGAGCAUCCUAGCAACUACAUAGAAAUGCCCUAGCAACUAGCUAAAACUUAAACAUACGCCAAGAGCAUCCUAGCAACUACAUAGAAAUGCCCUAGCAACUAGCUAAAACUUAAACAUACGCCAAGAGCAUCCUAGCAACUACAUAGAAAUGCCCUAGCAACUACCUAAAACUUAAACAUACGCCAAGAGCAUCCUAGCAACUACAUAGAAAUGCCCUAGCAACUACCUAAAACGUAAACAUACGCCAAGAGCAUCCUAGCAACUACAUAGAAAUGCCCUAGCAACUACCUAAAACGUAAACAUACGCCAAGAGCAUCCUAGCAACUACAUAGAAAUGCCCUAGCAACUACCUAAAACGUAAACAUACGCCAAGAGCAUCCUAGCAACUACAUAGAAAUGCCCUAGCAACUACCUAAAACUGAAACACACGCCAAGAGCAUCCUAGCAACUACAAAGAAAUGCCCUAGCAACUACCUAAAACUGAAACACACGCCAAGAGCAUCCUAGCAACUACAAAGAAAUGCCCUAGCAACUACCUAAAACUGAAACACACGCCAAGAGCAUCCUAGCAACUACAAAGAAAUGCCCUAGCAACUACCUAAAACUGAAACACACGCCAAGAGCAUCCUAGAAACUACAUAGAAAUGUCCUAGCAACUACCUAAAACUGAAACACACACCAAGAGCAUCCUAGCAACUACAUAGAAAUGCCCUAGCAACUACCUAAAACUGAAACAUACGCCAAGAGCAUCCUAGCAACUACAUAGAAAUGCCCUAGCAACUACCUAAAACUGAAACAUACGCCAAGAGCAUCCUAGCAACUACAUAGAAAUGCCCUAGCAACUACCUAAAACUGAAACAUACGCCAAGAGCAUCCUAGCAACUACAUAGAAAUGCCCUAGCAACUACCUAAAACUGAAACAUACGCCAAGAGCAUCCUAGCAACUACAUAGAAAUGCCCUAGCAACUAGCUAAAACUGAAACAUACGCCAAGAGCAUCCUAGCAACUACAUAGAAAUGCCCUAGCAACUACCUAAAACUGAAACAUACGCCAAGAGCAUCCUAGCAACUACAUAGAAAUGCCCUAGCAACUACCUAAAACUUAAACAUACGCCAAGAGCAUCCUAGCAACGACAUAGAAAUGCCCUAGCAACUACCUAAAACGUAAACAUACGCCAAGAGCAUCCUAGCAACGACAUAGAAAUGCCCUAGCAACUACCUAAAACGUAAACAUACGCCAAGAGCAUCCUAGAAACGACAUAGAAAUGCCCUAGCAACUACCUAAAACUGAAACAUACGCCAAGAGCAUCCUAGCAACUACAUAGAAAUGCCCUAGCAACUACCUAAAACUUAAACAUACGCCAAGAGCAUCCUAGCAACGACAUAGAAAUGCCCUAGCAACUACCUAAAACGUAAACAUACGCCAAGAGCAUCCUAGAAACGACAUAGAAAUUCCCCAGCAACUACCUAAAACUUAAACAUACACCAAAAGCAUCCUAGCAACUACAAAGCAAUGCCCUAGCAACACCGAGGUCUGGACUAUCCAUCCCAAACUCUAUAGGAAAGUAUUAAUAUGGUAUCAUUUAACAGUGUUCAUCCUUCCAAAACAGAAAACAUAUUUCCCAAACAUCUACAUCCUUGUCUCUUUUAAAGUGUUCAGCGUAUAGAAUAACCCAUUUUGAACUUUGGUAGAGAGAGGAAGAUGAAAGUCCUAGGCUAAUUCCCACACACCCCCCGCGAUCACAUGAGUAUGAAUGAAAGUGAUAGUGUCUAGUGUGGCCGCCCCUCGAUCGGAUGAAAUAUCGACUCAUUGACUCCUACAGACGGGUCACAUGGAGGUCAGGGUUUGCUUAGGUUGAAUCUGUGCCUUGGGCCUGGUCUUGAAGCUCCGCUAACAGCUCGGCCCUCCGUUCUUCACCUCCACCGUCACAUUACGGAGCAAAUAGAGCUGAAACUCAAUACUGUGCAUUAGGGCCAAGAGACCCCCAGAACAAGCACUUUCCUCUUCAGUGACGCCUCAAGGGCAUCGGCUGACCCUUUUCUGCAUUGUCUGCAUCUGAGGGUCUUUGUCUCCACUCCUGAAGCUAUGGGCUAACAGUGCUGAAAAAAAAAAAAAAAAAAAAAAAUUCUCCUGUGAAUCUUCCAUAUGGAAGAUUGUGGAUAUUUACAGUGUUUGUGCUCAGCAAACAUUCUGGUGUGGAUUUGUUUUCAGCCUCUUUUUCUCUGUAUUAAACCACUGUUAAUUCAGACCGUUUAAACUUUAUUUUCUAGAUCUUUUCAGUCUUGAGAGUGCUUCUGUAUUUGGGUUUUGUAACGUUUAUACUUUUUAAGAAAAUUAAGAUUGAAGUUUAAAACUGUUGCAUUGAAAAUGACUGUGUUGAUAUCAAACAGAAUUGCAGUUGGUCUUUGUUAUUUUUAUUUUAUUUUUUCGUACUGAAUUAUGAUUGGUGUAAGAUUGUGUUAUUGACUGGGUUGUUGAGUGAAAAAAUGUAGUUACGUUGUUCAGCUGAUUAAAGAGUGGUUACACUAGAUAAUAAGCAUGCAAAAUUAUUACAGAAAUAUUUUAGAAGGAAUAUGGGCAACAGGAUGUGAUGUCAUGGUCCAGUGCUUUUGUUUAAAAGAAUAAAAUAUAAAUAAUAUUAAUAAAUUUAAAA